CAAAGAUGGCGCGGACACAGUGAGCGGACAGCAUGAUGACAGUCAGAUCAGCAACUCAGCAGCUCGAACAACAGAAGCAGCAGCAGCCACGACUAGCACACAAAGCGCAAUUGGGUGGGGUGUGCGACAGGCAGACUGCAUGCCAUGCCUGGCACGGCAAGCACGGCAGCAACGCUCCUGGGCUUUUGUCUUCUUGUGGCGAACAAGAGGAGAGGAGCAUGUAUGUACAUAGUGUACACAGGUACACGCGCCCCAAGCAAAGGUCCUCCAUGCCUCACCCAAGCAACAGUGGAUGGUUGGUGCACGUGAGGUGGCAGCUUCUUGGCUGCUUGUGUUUCAGUCCGCAACAACAGCAAGUGACUGGCGAACCGCUUCUUUGGCCUCCUGACGACCAAAACUCCCCUGAAGUGGCGAAUGCUGACACCAAAACGUGUGGCGAAGCCGUGUUUCGAAACCCGCCUGACAUCCGAUUUUCGGUGGUUUGUGCUUUGGAGCUGACCACUCGUCCUUCCUUCCCACCAGCGCAUGCCCAUGCUUCAUGGGUUGUUGUUGUCCUUCCCCUCUGCCAUGUGUCGCGCAUCGAAAUGCGCCCUGACGGCCGGACGGGCGGGCUUGUUUUGGGUGGCGGGCGAGAAGAUUCUGUUCCCUCACCCAACCAACCAGCCAACCAACCAACCAACAACCAACCAACUGUUGUCCUGACCUGACUACAAUUCACAAACCCAACUCGACCCUCACUCCAUAUGCGUGUCGGUUGCAUCGCGGCCAGUUGUUGUUGUUUGGCGUUGCCACUUUACAGCCUUGCUUGCUCGACCGUUGGUGCUGCCUUCUGGUGCAACCUCUGACUGACCUGCUUGGAGACGAAAUUUCAACACGCACGCCGACCCAGCGACAGCACAGCAGCCAACCGAAAGGCAAGCAAACGCCAGCGAGCACAAGGCUACAGUUGUUGCGACACAUCUCCUGCCAUUCACCCAUUCAUCCAGCCAUCCAUUCAUCCACAGCAACAAGGACGAUCGUCAACACCAACGGAUGUCAGCGAGUGCCGCCCCGUGAACCCUUGUUCUCUUCUCAACCACAAGCCACACCACGCCACAGCGGCAGCAGCGAACCGAUUCAGCUCAGCUGCACAAGGCAGAUUUAACAACGCACCAAGCCAACAACAGCAGCCCGUUGCUUUGUCGACAACCGCGGCAAUGACAAUGGCGGGCGCAAUCCGACGACACCGCUUUCAGCGGCACAGGGCAGCAGUCCUGUUCACCCUCGUGAGCGUGCUCGGCCUUCUCCACAACACACCCUCGGCAAGUGCCUGGCUCAACUCCCUGGACGGUGCCCUGACCUUCUCCUGCAGUGCUGGCCAGGGAAUCAGCACGAUGAAGUCGUACCACACCAACGACAAGGAGGAUCGUCAGUGGGACUUUGGCUGUUCACCCGUCUCCACUGGUGAUGCAGGCAGUGGUACCUGGUCUGGAUACGUCAACUCGUACGACGGCGACAUCGACUACACCUGCGGCUCAAACCAAUACAUCACUGGGCUGUCCAGCGAACACAGCAACUCAAACGAAGAUAGAAUCUGGAAGGUCAAGUGCGCGAGCGUGAACAACGCCAAACUGAUUGCUUGUCGCACGCACGCCGGGUACAUCAAUGACUACGACGACUCCAUGAACUACGAGAGUGGCGAUCGCAUUCUCGUGGGAAUCUUCGCCACGCACGACAAUAGCAAGGAGGAUCGACGCUUCAAGCCAAAGACUUGCCAGGUGGAGUGCAACCGGGAUACCGGCUACCGCCUCAAGGACGGCCGCGAGUGUGAACGCGACACAUGCACCUACGCAUCGUGCAACACGGGCUACAAGCUCAGCCUCUUUGGCAGUGAAUCCCGCACGUGCGGCUGGUCCGGACUUGAUCCAGGCUGGUCAGGCACAGCCAAGCAAUGCGAAGACAUUGACGAGUGCGCCACUGGGCAGCACAACUGUCCUGAUGGGGCCAUCUGCAGCAACACCGACGGCUCGUUCACGUGCAACUGCGAGUACGGCACGCUCUCCGGCGGCGAGUGCUACGUUGCACCCCCUUCCAGCAGCAUGUCUGUCUACCUCACGUCUCUGUACUUCACCCUUUCUGGUGGCUGGACAAGCGAGUUCCCAAAGUACCAGAUUUCCGUUGCACGGUGGGCGUACGACCUGUCAUCGUACGAGAACGUUGCCGGCUACCCCAAGACCGUGUCUGGCUCCAUCUCAUCCCACACAGCGUCAGGCCUCGAUGCUGGCACGCGCUAUCACGUGACGGUGACUCCGCUGCAUACGAACGGUGACGAGCUGACUCACUUCACCAAGACCGUGUACUACAGCGGGAGCACAGAUGCACAGACCCCCUGCGGCUGUGGUGGCUCCUCAGGUGCACCCACGGACUUCAAAGUGAAGCAGUUCAAGGGUCACAUCCUGUUUGAGUGGGCAGACCAGAGUCAAUGCGAGUCUGCGUUCACAUUCACGCGCAAUGGUGUCGGUCUCGCCGCCCGCUUCGAUGUGACGGAGCAGCAGGCCUGCGGUGCCGUCCAGAAGCCCCUCUCAAUCUCCGACGAUCUCACCAUCCAGUCACCGGGCGGUUAUGCCGAGGUCGACUCGUCCAUCAACUACAAGCUGCCAGACGGGUCGUUUUAUCUCCGCCUGAGCACUGCGGUUGAGGAAGGGGAGAUGCGCCUGAAGUACCCGCGGGAGCUCCAGCGCGAUGGAGGCCACUUUGCGUCCACAAGCACGACCACGACGGCUGCGCCGCAGGGUGUGCCUGACGACGAGAACCGCUACUACCCCGGCACAUCCUCGCCCGUCGCAUCCGUGACGGAGUGCAAGGACCUGUGUGACAUCCGCUCCUCCUGGUGCAUCGCCUUUGUUGUGCAGACGAAAGGCGACGACACGCUUGUGUGCCAUCAACUGCGUGUUGUGGAGACGGCUGCCCUCAAAAGCGGCGAGAAGAAGGCCGUGUCGUACGAGCGCGUCACCGUGUCUGGCACGGGCGUGUCUGGCUCCUACAUCUUCGACGGCACGCAGGACGACUGCGAGCAGGCGUGUACCGAUUCCGGGUCGUGUGUCCUGACCAUGGUGGACUCGGGCGUGUGUGGCAUCAUCAACAGCGCCGUGACAACAGGAACACCAGCCAGCUCCAUUCACGCCAGCCUGGAUCCUGACUUCAGUCGCCGCAUCCCAGGCCCAGAGCCAGGCAGGACGCAGACGUACUGCAUUGCCGCGACCAACCCCACCUGGUACACGGAGGGCGGGUACAGUUCGGGCCAGACGUGCACAUCGUACACGAUCCAGUGGGAGAGCCAGCUUGAGGGCCAGAUUACCAUCGACUCCAAGGAGAUCCACCUCCCUGUUGAGCACGUGGAGAUUGAGUACGAGAUUGGGCCCAUCCGCGGCCGCCGCGUCACCAACGAGGACGGCAAGUUCUUCAUCCACAUCCUCACAGACCAGCUGCAAGGCAACCGCCACCGCAUCACGCUCCGCUUCUCCAAGACCACGGGCAACAUCAAGCACACCUUCACCUGCGGUGGCAUCGCAUGCACAGAGACCACGCUCAUCAUGGAACACCUUCGCUUCGACCACCAGGUCAACGUCAAAGACACCACCUCCCUCCCCUUCAGUGGUAUCGUCUCCAUUGGCGGCACGGAGCACGAGGGCCUUCCUGACGGCUGCCCGCUCAAGGACGUUGAGGUGUGCUUGUACGACCGCCACCAGGCCAACACCCUCAUCAACUGCGAUGUGACAGACUCCAAGGGCCGCUACCUCGUGCGCGCUGUUCUCGGCACAUCUGUCACCGUAAGCCUUGCGUACGGCAACUCGUCGCACACGUUUGAGCGCGUCACCUACGACCAGGACGCAGCCAACGCCCCUUCAGGCAUCCUGCAGACCAUCAAUGCUCUGAAUUCGCUCGAGCGCACACCAUACUACGACGUGACGGACGGCAAGUUCUGGGAGAACAUCAACUUCAAGGACACAACCUCUGAUACGGCGACCGUCGACAUUGCUGGCGGGCUGUGCAACCUCAACCUGGGCGAUGCGGUGAUGGAGUUCCGGUAUGACGCGUGCCCAACAUGGGUGAAAUCACGCACCAUUUCUGACCGGCUGUCCAAGUGGACGCUGCCAGCGCAGAUCAUCACGGUGCGCUUCAAGGAGAUUACGCGCAACUACGAGGUUCGCGGCGAGAUCACGCGCUACUUCUCGGCCAAGCUGGGCAACUCGCGGUCGCUGUACUUGGACCUGCGCAAUCCGCAGGAGGACGACGAGGACAAGAAGACGGUGCGAUUCGAGUACCACCCGCCACCGCAGCUGAGCGUUGAGUUUGACAAGGAGGAGAAGCACAACUGUAACAGCACAGAGGGCGAUCGCCCGCUGCACGUCAUCAAGCAGAACGUGGAGCUGAAGGCGACCGUCAAGGUGAUUGAGGACUACGGCGAAGGCGUGGGCACGUGCGAUGCGGUGCCGGGCCAGAUUGAGGUUGAGAACCAGUUGGGCGAAUCACCAGCCACGGUUGAUGCACUCAACGCCACCACCUCCCUCACGGACAAGCAGCUGAACAAGCUGAAGCUGUGCUACGACACGUGCCUCAUGGACGUGAAGAUGGACGAAGAGCUCAAGAAUGGCGAGACGGUGUACUCCAACACGCGCAUUGAGCUGAACAUCAUGACUGGCGAGCCGGAGACCAACCCACAGGCCGUCAACCCCGAGAACCCGUACUCUAAGCUCUUCCGCGUCACCAUGCACAAUCUCCCACAGGACCCCGUCAGCGUGUACGAGAAGGUGGUGGUGGUUGGCGACAAGGUCAUCUCCAAGUACUUCAGCGUGCCCUUCCCGCGCUAUCAGCCGCUUACAGUCAUUCAGGACCCGCCCGGUGGCCUGUCCACCGUCACCUACUCCAAGGCGUACACCAACUUCCUUGUGGAUUCCCACACCCACGAGGAGUACCAUGGCUUCUACUUCACCACGGGGCUUGCUCCCGUCAAGGUGGAGACGGGUGUGCAGCAGUGCGUUGGCCUCGGUGCUGCCGUGUGUACCAAGGUGGCGGACACGGAAUCCACCCCGUUCAAGCUGACGGUCGACCAAACUCACACCUUUGGCAACAUGGAUCCGGACGACAACUACGGCACAGAGCGCGUGUGGUCGUUUGAGAUUGAGCUGACGACCUCUGACGAUGUGAUGACGGCUGGGGAGCGAUCCGACAUGUUCCUCGUGCCCGCCCUCAACGUGGUGUGGCUGGAGACGGAGGAGGUGUCGUUCGACGUGGAGCAGUGCCAGGCGGCCAAGGAGACCAAGGUCAAGUGGAGCCUCGAGGGUCAGGACAACAGCGAACUGAUCACGUGGCUCUCUGCGUUUGAGAUUGAGAACAAGGAGUUGCCGGACCUGCGCAAGCUGCUCGCUCUCGCCGAACAGCCGCCGGGCGAUGAUGACGACGACGAUGAGACGGAGGCUGACCGGCUGGAGAAAGUUGCGGAGUUGAAGCGGGCAAUCAAGGCGUGGGAGGACAACCUGGACCGCAACAAGGAGGUGCGCGACAAGGCAGCAGCAGGCACGCUUGACCCCGUGCAGGACCUGUGGAGCAAGACCUCAGCGGAACACGACUGCGCGCCGCCGUUGUCCAUGAUCGAGAACCCGAAGAAAGCGUCGAAGCUGCUGAGCGAAGCGUCCAAGGUGAACCGGUGCGACGGCUUUGGUGCUGCCCACAUCAAGGAUGACGCAGGCAAGGGCAUCUCGCUCGCCCCGCACGAUCUGAUUGACGGCGCCACAGACCUGGACGACAAAGAGGCGUCAGACCAGGACAAGCAGGACUUGCGCAGCAUCAAGACGAUCAAGUUCUCUGGCGGCGGGUCCACGUACACGUUUGGUUUUGACCUUGAGCAGACCAAGUCGGCCGUUGGCGGCAGCUCCCGCACGCACGAGGUGACAGCCGGUGUCGAUGUUGAGUUUGGAUUCAAGGUCUUUGGCGUGGGCAUGAGCUUUGAGCUGUCCACGGGCUACAACUACGAAGGAACGACAGCCGAGGAGCAUGAGGCCGGCGUCACCACGGGGACACACAUCGAAUUCACUCUUGGCGAUCCCGAUCCACUGGAUGUCUUUGAUGUGCAAGUGUUCCUGCACCCCGACUACGGCACGCUCGUCUUCCACACCACCUCUGGCCAGUCGUCGUGCCCGCACGAGCCCAACACCGUGCAGCUGGAGAAGCCGAGUGUGAGUGUUCUGAAGCGGCCAGAGGCGCCCGUGCUGCCCGGCGAACCCGCCGUGUUUGAGCUCCUGCUCAAGAACGACGGACCCAUGACUUCCGACUUUAACCUGUUUUAUCUGUCGUGGCUGAACCAAGAUGGGCUUGAAGUUGUAGCCAACGGACAGGCGCUGGAGACGGCACUCAUCUUUGAGGGCUUCCCAGGCAACUCGGCAAAGUACAUCACCAUCACCGUGAACCAGGGCCCCAACAAGUUCAAGUACGACCCAGUCGCCAUUGGCUGGCGGUCGCUGUGCGAGGCCGACAGGCACCCCGACAACGGCUACAUCACGGACGAGGUGACUAGCGUGGAGUACGUGUACUUGGAGGCCGAGUUCCUGCAGCCGUGCAGCCCGGUGAAGCUUGUUGGCGAGAUUGGCGAGUCUGGCGCGUUCACCCUCAACCAGGAGACGAUGGAGCAGGACUACAAGCCCGGCCAGAUCCGCGUCGUUGCCUUCAACCCGGACCACGCCGAGCGCACGUGGCUGGAGGACGAUCGCCUGGAGAAGGUCGUCAUCGAGUUCAAGCCCGUCAACUCGUACAUCUGGCUGCUGGCCCGCGACGAGAACGGCGACGCGCUGGAUAUCCGCAAGCGCGAGAACGAGUACGGCUACAUCACGUCAUGGUGGGACGCGUCCACGCUGCUUGAGGGCGACUACCACCUCCGCAUCCGCGCGCAGUGCCAGGCGUCCAUCAACGAGAUGCCCGAUGGCAUUGACGAGAAGCUGUCGUCCGUUGCGCUUGGUGUCGUUGAUCGCGACCCGCCGGUCGUGUUUGGAUUCCCGGAGCCCGCGGAUGGCGAGUUCUUCCCUGGCGACGAGAUCUCGUUCCAGUUCAACGAGGACGUGGAGUGCCGGCAGCCGUUCAUCUUCCAGGUGUCGUUGACGGUGGAGGACUACGACCGCGACUUCAACAAUAACAACAUGGUGAUUGUGUGCGAGGGCCGCAAGAUCUCCAUGUCCCUUCGCCGCGGGUUCCGCUACGACGAGGUCAACGGCCUCUCCGCCACAGUCGUCAUCGAGAACGUCAAGGACCUCAACGGCAACCAAAUGGAGUUCCCGCCCGAGCACAAGUUCAAGUUCGCUGAGCUGACGCUUGAGGACGCAAGCGCAUCUGUGAGCGGGUUGGAGCUUGACAUUCCAUUCCAGGCCGUGUAUCUGGACACGGCGUCUGUCAUCUACACCAACUUCACCCGCGACCUUGCGCGCGAGAUUUCCGGGCUUGUUGGCGUGCCGGCCUACCGUGUGGAGAUUGUGCUGGUUGAGCCAGUCGACGAGAACGACUACACGCAGGGCACGAGCGUGACGCUGAAGUUUGCGCCUGCAUCAACGCAACCGCCAGCGAAUCAGCGUCGGCGCAGGGCCACGGAGGACCUGAAUCUCUCCGCAACGCAGCUUGCAUCCCUGCUACAGGAGAAGCUUCAGAACACGACGCUUGUGGAGACGCUGCCUGUGCUAUCGAGCACCAAGGCGGACGCGCAGGUGAGCGUGGAGGUUGAGCCGUCCAGCGAAGAUGUGACGCAGGCAGCGGCAGCGGCGGCAGCGUCGUCAUCGCUCUCCUCCUCUUCCACUUCCUCUUCUGACUCCUUCAAGAUUGACACGUCACUGGCCCUGAACAUCACCAUCGUGGCACAGCUGCUUGUCGUGCUCAUCGUUCUAGCGCGAAUGCACCUGUACGGGGUGAAGUCUCGGACGACAGAAGUUGACGGGUUCAGGGGCAGCGAAGCGAGCUGUGGCAGCACGGACAAGGCCAAGACGAAGACCACAACUAACACGUGGUACAAGCCGUGGUCAAAGUCUGGCAAGGUGGAGCCGUUCACACCCGAGCCAGCAGAGUCGGCCGUGUGAAUGCAGUGCAGUGCAAUGGAGGGCACGUUUUUGAUCCAAAUCCACAGACAAGUUACGCGAUCAUCAUGUGCAUGUGUGAUGGUGGGUGAUGCUUAUUUUGUUCUUGGCUGGUGCCAAUGGUCAAUGUGCGAGUUGGUUUGAGUGUUUGUGUCGUUGUAUCGUUGAGUUGAAUUGUGGACAGUUGUGCGUUGUUGUGUGCGAUGUGUUACUUCUAUUUCUUCUUCUUCUUGAGUUACAUUUGAGUUGUGCGACGCACAUAUGAGCUGGCGAGUGCUGUGUGACAUCAUCAUUGUGGCUGUUGUGAUUUGAGACAAAUGAACACAGUGUGGAGCAACAGCAACAGCAACUCAUGGACAUGAACGCAAAGCGCGUUAGCCAAACAAGAAAAACGAAGCAAGAAGGAC